UUCUUCUUUGUUUCCUAUUUCACUUCAGUAGAAGGGAAACACUUCAAACAACCCACAACUGUGCACCAAGAAAAAAGAUUUAUACCAGCUAAUGUUGGCAACGACGUUACUUUGAAAUGUUCUUAUGACAACGAUGAUGAAAAGUAUUUCUGGUAUAAGCAAACGCUGGGACAAGGGCUACAGCUCAUUUCUGUUGCCUAUAAAUUUGAUAAAAAUGGCAUUUUUCAAGAUGAGUUUAAGGACAAUCCACGCUUCACAUUGGAAAUUAAAGGUACUACAAACCACUUAAAAAUUUCAGAUGUACAAAUUUCAGAUUCGGCUACUUACUUCUGUGCAAGCGGUUAUUCAUUUCAGUUUGAAUUUGGGGAGGGGACAGAAGUAGAUGUAAAGGGUUCCAGUUUGAACGUUAAAGCUUUUGUACAUCAGUCAGCGUCUGACGGCAUCCAGCCACUGGGAUCUGUGAGCUGUACAGUCAGUACUGGAGAACACAGCGUUUACUGGUUCAAAAGUGAAGAACACCCCCGUCCAAAAAUCAUUUACACCCCUGGAGGCAGAAGUGAUGAUGGUGAGAGGAAAACCAACACACAAAUGUGUCUCUACAACAAGCAAAUGAAGGAAACGGAUCUUCACUGUGCUGUUGCUUCAUGUGGACACAUUGUGUUUGGAAACCAAACCAAGCCCAACUUUCAGAGUGAGGUGAACUCUUUGGUCUUAGUGUAUUUCUUGAGUGGAGCUUUGACAUUCACCACAACCCUGAGUGUUUUACUGGCCUUCUUACUGUACAAGAUAAACAAAAGAAAGAGCAGCCAAUCGACAGCAUCUCAAGCAAGAUUUUCAGCUCCGUCUACAGGAAAUGCACAGGGUUACCGAGAUGCAGACAGCCUCCAUUACGCUGCUUUAAGCAUUAAACUGCCAAACAGAUCAAGAAGACAGAGGAACAAUGACGAGUGUGUUUACUCCGGUUUAAGGCUAUAGACUGGACAUGUGUGAUGGGUACUUUCUCUGCAAUUCAGAUGUGAUUAUUUUGUCUCUCUUUAGCGACAAAACAUAGAUUCAAAUGUACAUUUUUGCAAGAAAAAUCUUUAGUAAUGUGUGAAUUUCUAACCUCCUGCUUUCUCCACUGCGUUACUUUGAGAAUCCCAAAUAA